AUGCCAGAAACCCAUCGAUCGGCAUUAUCUCUGCCAACAGGAUAUUCCAAGCCCAAGGACAAUAAAUGGAAGAAACUUUAUGAAAAAAUUCCUCAUCAUCAAUCCAGUAGUGGGCAUAAGAUGUGUUAUGUAGAAUGGAGACGAUUAGAAGAAAAUCUCAGAGAUAAUACAACUAUCAAUUUUCUACUAAAUGAUAAUAUAAAGACAGAAGUGGAAAGAUGGAGGCAAAUACUUCGUAGAGUAUUAGAUGUUAUCUUGUUUUUGGGUGAAAGAGGUCUUGCAUUUAGAGGCGAUAGUCAUCUAAUUGGUGACCCCAAAAAUGGGAAUUUUUUGGGAAUUAUGGAACUCAUUGGUCAUUACGAUUCCAUUCUACAUGAUCAUCUCGAAAAAGUAAAAGCUUCUCAACAGAGCCAUAGGCAAAUGCAAGCACAUUAUUUGUCAAAUGAUAUCCAGAAUGAGUUUAUUCAGUGCUGUGCAGAUAAAGUCACAGAUGUGAUAUUAGAUGAGAGGGAGAAAUGUAAAUAUUUUUCAAUGAUUGUGGAUGCAACGCCUGAUACAGCUCAUAUUGACCAAAAUGUUUUUAUUUUAAGAUACGUCUUACAGGACAAAUUGACAGGAAAAUAUGAGGUAAAAGAGAGAUUUCUGGAAUUUGUAGAUUGCAAUAAAAAAACUGGUGAAGAUAUUGCAAAUAUAAUUACUUCUACUCUUCAGAAACAUAAAAUACCACUGAUGUGCUGUCGUGGACAAGGAUACGACAAUGGGAGUAAUAUGAAAGGUUCAGUCAAGGGAGCACAAGCUCGAAUUCUUCAACAUUAUCCACUUGCUACUUACUCUCUCUGUGCUUGUCAUAGUCUGAAUUUAUGCGGUGCACAAGCUGCUGAAUGUUGUCCUCAAGUGAUAACUUUCUUUGGGAUAGUGCAAAAACUGUAUAACAUAUUUAGUAGCAGUCCUCAAAGAUGGGAAAUUUAA